AUGCCUUUCGGCUUGAUAGGAGAUUCAAGGCACUUGGUCUCUACUGAGUCGGUCUUCCCUAGAAGGCUAUGUGAUUGUUAUGGACGGCCUCCCUCCAGCAGCGCAUUGAUCAGUAACAUCGCCCACGCCGCUACACCUACAUUAUGCUCAAAGACUUGUCUGAGCAAGGUGAUGGUAAGAUCCAACUCAGAAUGGAAAGCCUAUGCUUCCUCACCCUCUCGCCACGCCUCUCAUUCUAUACGCAUCCCAGACAGGCACGAUCUUCCUCAGACAACCAUGGAUAAUAAAGCUUUUUCGAUUCGCCUCAGGCAGCGCAUCGCUCUUGACGCGCAACAAGAAUACCAAGUACCCGAACAACAUCGACCCGGCCGCCAGCGUCCAUACGGCAUAGCAGAGCUCAGGCGUUUGCGCGAAGACGCAGUUGCGAGAGAGACCGACUACAACCGCGGCCUCAUCGCUCGCAAUGACAAGCGAAGACAAGCCCGCUUCCGACUCGAUAGGCAGCACGCCAUCUUUUGGCGGCUACACCAAUGGCUAUUGCCCAGAGGGGCCUGA